UUUUUCUGGACGUUUCUGCAGCUUAUUGUCGACGUCGCGGUGAGCUCAGAGUGAAGGGCAGGCCGGCAGAAACACACACACACACACACAGAGAGAGACUGACAGCUCACUGAAACAGCCAGAUUUGUUAAAAUUACUUCUGUUCAUUUGUGGGAUGUGAGCAUCACUGGCUGGGCCCAGCGUUUCUUGUCCAUCCCUAAUUGCCCCUUGAGAAGGUGGUGGUGAGCUGCCGCCUUGAACCACAGCAGUCCAACCUGCUGUGGGUUGACCCACAAAGGCAAUAUGGAGGGAAUUCCAGGAUUUUGACCCAGCAACAGUGCGGGAACGGCGAUAUAUUUCCAAGUCAGGGUGCCAGAAGCACAGCUGUACUGGGGGAAAUGGUGGACUAUUAUAAUAUCCUGGGAGUCUCUCACAAUUCCUCUCAAGAAGAUAUCAAAAAAGCUUAUCGAAAGUUGGCACUGCGAUGGCAUCCAGACAAGAAUCCAGAUAAUAAAGAAUAUGCGGAACAGAAAUUUAAGGAAAUUGCGGAGGCGUAUGAAGUACUAUCGGACAAAAGUAAACGAGAAGUUUAUGACAGAUAUGGAAAGGAUGGAUUAAUCGGAGGAGGCGGUAGAGGCCCCACCAUGGACACGGAAUUCCCAGGCUUUAUGUUUUCAUUCCGAAACCCUGACGAAGUAUUUAGGGAAUUUUUCGGUGGGCGAGAUCCUUUUGCAGAGCUAUUUGAAGACUUUGGUCCAUUUUCUGAAGUGGGAGGAAUCGACCAAAGUCGUCGAGUACCUGGAUCGUUCUUCUCAUUCUCCAUCCCCACAGGAUCAGACUUUACGUCAUUUUCUGCAAAUGUUGGUGGACCUGGACUGGGGAGUUUCCGAUCAGUGUCAACUUCUACAAAGCUUGUCAAUGGAAAACGUAUCACCACCAGGAAGAUUGUGGAGAAUGGUGAAGAGAGGGUGGAAAUUGAGGAAGACGGGCAGCUGAAGUCAGUGCGAGUAAACGGUGAGGAAGACCAGGUAGCCCUCGCCAUUGAGCUGAGUCGGCGAGAACAGCAGGGCCAGCAGCGGCACACCUUACAAACAGCACACGGCCACGUGCCCAGCACCUCGCACCCGUUCAGCCUCUACGAGGAUGAGGACUCUGAGGAGGACGAGGACUUGCAGCUGGCCAUGGCCUACAGCUUGUCGGAGAUGGAGGCCCGAGGGCGUGGAUCAGGUGGGCGAGUUGGGAGGGGGAAGAGGCGCAGCAAGACACAGGGUGCACCCGCAGAUGGGGUCAGGGGAGCCGGGCAUGCGGUAGCCCACAUGACACGUGGGAGUCCCAGGCCAGCUGGCAGCGGAAGGCAGGCUGCAAGCAGCAGCGGGCACCAGUCAGAGACGUUGAGUGUAGCCGAGGGGUCGCAGGAGUCCAGGCUGCAGCAGCCAAAGAAGACAAACAGGGAUUGGAAAUGUCUCCUGUCCUGAAUGCUGCUUGAUGCCUAAUCCACCUCGACCCUUGCCCCAUUCACUAACACAUGGUUAUAGGAGAUGGUGGAGCAAUGAGAAAUACAAAGAGAAACUAAGGGCCUCUAUAAGCAGGAUUGUCAACUCAUUGCUACUUAGUUGAGUCUGAUUGUUCUCAACAACAACAAUCUGGAUAUGCACCCUUUAAUACGGCCCAAGUCACUUCACAACAGUGUUACCAAACUAAACUUUGAUGCUGAGUCCACACAGGACAGUAUUUGGAGAAGAGAGUGGGGAGACGUGCAAAACGCCUCUUUAAAUGGGAAAUUGCAAGAGUUAAAGAUGGCAAUGGAUGGGAAGUUUUACGGAGGGGAUUCCCAGAGCAAGGGGACCAGGCAGCUGAGGGAUCGACGUCAGGUGAAAAUUGAGGGGAGUCACGACAUGAUGGUGAGUUGUAACAGCCAAUGAGCUCUGGCAAGGGAAUAGUCAAACUGAAUGGCAACACAGGCUCAAAGAACUAAAAUAAAGAGCUGUGGAUGCUGGAAGUCUGAAAGAAAAACAAAAUUCUGCAUAAACUUGGUGGGUCUUGCAGUAUCUGUGGAGAGAGAAACAGAGUCAAUGUUUCCAGCCCAGUAUGACUUUUCAGAACUGAAGAGUGGCUGAAAAAUAAUGGCGUUAAUUUUCUUGUAAAGGGGGUGGCGGGGAGGUACAGAGAGCUCCUCCUUUGUCAGCAGGAUAAACACCACUGUUUUCCAGCCCUCCCUGCUUCAGCUCUGAAGAAGUCAUAUGGAAUUCAGCAUUAAUUCCCUGCUCUCCCUCCCUCACUCACUCCUCCACUCUCCCUCACCCCCGCUCUCCCUCUCACUCUCUUUCUCUCUCUCUCUCUGAGUUUACCCAUCACUCACCAUCUUUAUUAUUGUAUCUCUGCCUCUGAUCGUGCUGUGAUGUUCAGUGGGGAGAGGUGGUGCAGAUGAUGUUUUUGUGCUGUGGGCUGUUUUGAGAAGCGUCCUGAACCAGUUGGUGGUGGUUUAACCUCCAACAUGGAAACUGAAAAGGGCUUGAGUUGAAUGCCCAGGUAGACAAUCUGCCCGAGAAUACGAGGCUGUUCUCGGAGUAAGACUGGCCAAGGUUGUAAAUCACACCAAGUCCUAUUCAUCCCCCGAGGAGAGGGUUGGAUUAAAAUCAGAUAUGAUUCCGGCUACCUGUUGUGGUCUUCAGUUAAUUGGGUUUCAGUAGUCUGAUCUGAUUUCUUGUUAAAUAGACAUUGCAGGAUACACCUGCUCCAAUUAGGCACAAUAUUCCAGUGGUUCAGAGGAAGUCUGUGAGCCGACAAAGGAAUUUUAUGCUGCCACAGUAACUUAGUUAUUUGAAGUACACUGUUUGGCCAGUGUAGUUAUAGCUUUACUCUGUAUCUAGCGGAGACGAUGGCCUAAUGGUAUUAUCACUGGACUGUUAAUACAGAGACCUAGUUAAUGUUCCAGGGACUUGGUGGAAUUUGAAUUCAAUGAAAAAUAGUCUGGAAUAUUGCCCUGGAGCCAUUGCUGACUGUCAGGGGAAAAAAAAAAUCUGGUUCAGUAAUGUCCUUUAGGGACAGAAUCUGCCAUCCUCACCUGGUCUGGCCUACAUGUGACUCCAGACCCACAGCAACAUUGCUGGUUCUUAAUUGCCCAACCAACAAUGCCCUCAUCCCACGAAAAGAAUGAAAAGAAACACCGUGCUGUCCCUGUCCCUGUCCUAGGAUUGUUUGUGGGCGGUGCUGAGAGAGCUUUACUCUGUAUCUAACCCCAUGCUGUCCCUGUCCUCGGUGUGUUUGGCACAUUGGAUGCUGAGGAUAAUAGGUAUUUGCAAAGUUGAGUCUGAAUAUUUUUGUGCAAGUGGAUCCAGUGAUGAUGGAUGAAAAAGUAUGUCCCCCAGUUUUCAAACCUGCAGACUGAUGUUCUGAAGAGGAGUCAUAUCGGACUCAAAACAUUAAUUCUGUUUCUCUCUUCACAGAUGCUGUCAGAUUUGCUGGAUUUCUCAAGCACUUUUUGAUUUUUUAAAAAAUUAUUUUUGCAUAAAAAUUCAGUCCGACUUUCUGCUUUCAGUAAAUUUCAGGUUAUUUAAAACAGCUUGGAAGAGAUCUCACUGUCCCACAUUGGUCUCUGGUUGAGCAAUGCCUGGAAUUUGACAUUCUCCCCCCGUUUUCAAAUCCAUCCGUGGCCUUGCUCCUCCCUAUUUCUGUGCUCUCUUCCAACCCUGCAACUUACUGAGAUCUCUGCAUUCCUCUGAAUACAGAUCCUUGCAUAUUCCAACCUCAAUCACUCCAUCAUUAUUGGCUGAGCCUUUAGUGGCCUGGGUCCCUUAGCCCUGUAAUUCGCUCCCAAUGAUCUCUCUUUGCGUAUCUCCCCACAUUUAGGACAGUCCUUCAAAACCUAUGUCUUUGAUCAAGCUCUUGGUCAGCUAACUUCAUAGCUCUUCAAGUGGCUCAGAGUCAAAUGUUGGCUUUUUAACACUCCUUUAGAGCAUCUUGGUUGUUUAAUUACGUCAAAGGCUCAACAUUAAUAGAAAUUGUUGUUGGUGAGUUGACAGGUGAGUAGAGUUAGGAUGAACACAAGACCAGGUGUUGACCAUUUAGUCCCUUGAACCUAUUCUGCUGUUCAGUGAGAUCAUGGCUGAUCUGUGGCCUAACUCUAUUUACCUUCCUUUAGCCCAUAUCCCUUCAUACCUUUGCUUAACAAAGAAUUACCAAUCUCGGAUUUAAAAUUUGCGUUUCGAUGUGCUUUCUAACAUCCCACCUGAAUGGUCUGGCCUUCAUUCUCAUACUAUGAUCCUAGUUCUAGAAUCCCCAACCAGUGGAAGUAGUUUAUCGUUAUCUAACCUGUCUUUUCCUGUUGAUAUCUUGAAGACUUUGAUCAGAUCACCCCUUAACCUUCUAAAUUGUAGAAAAAAUAAGCCCAAUUUGUUUAAUCUUUCUUCAUAAUUUAAACCCCUGGAGUCCAGGUAUUGUUCUUGCCACCCUACAUUGUACUUCCUUCAAGGCCCAGGCACUAAUUCACUGGUGAGAAUGGCCUUUAGUCCUCAGCCAGUGUCUUAUCCUGUGGGCUCAGUUGCCUCUCAUAUUGAUAUGUGCUUUGUUGAAAAUAAAGGGGGAGAUUCCAAACUGUGGUUGACUCUGCACCUGAACAUUGUAACUUGUUUAUUAAUAUGUUAAGCCACAAAUCAGCCAUAUUCUCAUUGAAUAGUUAAACAGGCUCGAGGGGCUGAAUUAAGUAUUCCUGUUCCUGUGUCCUUAUUCAGGACUUUGGGGCUUAGAUCAUAUUGCAAGGGUAGUCGGUCUUCUUUUUAUUAUUGCCAUAUUAACCAUCACUAUUGCACCAAGUGAAGCUUUAAAGCAUAGUGUCAAACUUUUUUAAAAAAUACUUGCCGUUGGAGCGUUGCACUUUUGAAACAUCGCUACUUUUGCUCUCUCGCUGUAUUUUUCUCUCUCUUUACCAGACGCAGACUUCCAGGCUUAUACAGGCUGAUUAGUUGCCGUUCUUUUCUAACAGGUAACGCUUAACAUCUUUUCCUAAGAUCAGUCUUCACUUCGUCUCACCUUGUUAGGUGUACCAGUCAAAUGAUUCAUUUCCCCAGUGCACUGCUGCGGCUUGUUUAUAAUCAUGUCAUUUGUUUUUCUUUUUUUUUUGGUUGGUUCAAUUUUAUUUUGUCGUUUUGGUUUUCCGCUGCAAUCUUCGGUUCCUAUCCUUAGGAGUGGAAAGUGUGGAAGCCGCCACAAACGCGACAUUUUGGAAUCGUGUGCGACUGCUGGUGGUUUGAUCAAACAUUGUAAUGCAUUUAUUAAUAUGUUGUUUGCGUCUACAUUUCAUACCGAAGCACUUUGAAUGAAUGUGUUGAAAAGCUCAUUGGGGGACGUAGAAAUGAUGUAGAAUUGUAAAAGAGAAUACAUCAUAUGUGUAAUAUUUUAGGCUAAUUUAACAAAGUGUCCUGUUUUGAAUUUUUGCCUAUGCUGCUUUGAAGAAGGAGGGAAGUGGAUUUGAGAGGGAUAAUUUCCUUUGUCUCUACCCAUUGUCAGGGAACAUGUCCGAUCUUCUCCCCACCUGCUUUAGAAAAUAGGGCCCUAUAUGAUCUGAUGUAUACAUCAUAAAAUCAUUCAUUCUAAAUAUUGGGACUGGUAGCCUGUCCAUCUUCCAGAAUCUGUGUGUGUGGUACAGCAACCUACUUUGUGAAAGCGUCUUUAAUGUAAUAAAAGCAAGUGUCCCAAGCUGCUUCACAGGAGCAUUACCAAAGCUUAACACUGAGCCAUUGCAGGGGAUGUUGAGUCCAAUGACCAAGAGUUUGGUUAAACAGGUAGGUCUUAAGGAGUGGUCAUAAAACAGGCAAGAGAGAUCAAGAGGCAGAAAGGAUGGAGUUUAGGAAUUCAACUGGAGAGGCGAGGUGGCUGUUCAGGCUGUUGAGGCAGAACCAUCAAUAGCAGAGCAAUUAAUAUCAGAAAUGCUCUGAGUUGGAGCAGCGCAGAGAUCUCAAAUGGUUGUAGGAUGUUGCAGAGCUAGGGAGCUUCCAUAUAUAAGUAUGCAGGAGUGCUUCCUUACUGAGCCAUUUACAUUUAGCUUGCUCGUGAGAUCUGAGCCAUACCUAACUCAUCCACUUAAAGGUUUGUCCUUUGGUUAUGUGGUAGGUUUGUCCUAGUGCAAACAAUCUGCAACCGUGUCCUGUCCCCCUGCAGUGCUCUUGCAAGAACAUGACUCUCUUACCUGUUUUAUCACCUUAAAAGACUUGGUACAUGACUGGGUGAGAUAUCGACCAAGUCAGCUGGUUGAAUUUUCAGUCUGUACUGGUGCUUCAAACCUACUUCUCCUCCUUACCUUUAAGCCAAGGAAUGGGUGGGUGGUAAUUGGCGGGGGACAACCAGGGGUUCCCUGGGUGCAAGGAGAAUAUUGCUGUUCAUCCUGCUGAUAGAAGGUUGUACGAAAGGUGGGCUUAUGAACUUGUUGAUGUGGGUGUGCUUCCUGAGGACCGUUAACACUGGAAUCACUAGUCACUCGUCAGAGAAUUAUCAAACUACGAGUUAAUUUAUUUGAAGCAAUAAAGCACGUUAUAAUUGCCAAGCAGACAAUGCUGCAGCUUGUAGACCUGCCCUUUACAGACUAGCUGUCAGGCAGAGUUGCAACAGCGUAUACACAGAGCACAUGGCAUGAACUCCCUUAAAUUCAAGAUAGUGUACAUCACCAUUCACUGGUGUGAUUCUUGUAUGUCAGAUGAUCACCUGGUUAGGUUUCUGGUGAGCAAGAUAUUGUUUGGGCCAGGGGGAAGGUAGUUUUAGAGGAGGGGUUAGGAGAAUCGAUCAUCUGUUUCUCUACCAGUUGGCCUGUGUUUGUAAUAAUGGGGUUUUCAGUGUCAGAGUUUUCAGAGGCCAAGAGGUGGGUGCAAAGGGGAUCUGCUGAGGUGCUGCCAGAGAUGAGGGGCUUCAGUAAAGUGGAAAGAUUGCCUAACGUGGGAAUGCUCUCCUUAGAGUGGAGGGGGUAAAGGGGAGAUUCCAUCAACAUGUUCAAAAUCACAAUGGGGUUUUGACUAGAAUAGAUGAGGUGUAACUGUGUCCAGUGCCAGGAGGGUAGGUAAGCAGAGGAGACAUAAUGAGAGAAGUUCCCACAAAUGAGUCAAGGGUUUUUUUUGUGUACAGUGAAUUGUUGUGGUCCAGAAUGCUCUGCCUGAAAGAUUCAGUUGCAGUUUUCAAAAUAAAAUUGGACAGUACCUGUAAAGAUGAAAUUUACAGGGCUGCGGGGAAAGGACAGAGCAGUGGGGCAAACCCAGCAGCUCUUUGUUUUAAAUACAUGGACCAAAUGGUUUCCUCCUGUGCUGUGAGAUUCAAUGGUGAGGAGAAAGCUUAGCCUAAGUGAAUUUUUUUAUUUUUGCCCGAGUCGUUCCUCGCUGAUGGGUAAAGCCCAGACUGCGCUUGUGACGUUUCAUCAGUGGGAUCGAAGCCCUGCCAAGGAAACGUCCCUGUGAUUUCCAAAAUGGAGAUUUCUGUAUCGCAUUGAGUUUAAAUUGCCAUUGGAAUCCUUUUGGAAUCAUUGGUGCAGAAUUGAACAAGAACUGUAUGGAAUUGUGGAGAUUGCUACUGAAUAAACUACCAUGGAUGAUUUUGUGUGGCUUCUAAACUCA